AUGGCGGCUUCCACGGAGCAAAUCUCAUUGGCGGUCGAGUUUUCUGGCGGGCUUGAGAUGCUUUUCUCAGACCAGAGACUCCAUUCGCUCUCUCUGCCCGCGCGGGACAAGGAUGGGAAGCCCACCACCAUUGCCUUCCUGAUCGAGCAUCUCUGCCAAAACGUCAUGAACGACACCAGAAAAGAGCUCUUUGUGCUAGAAGACCACCUACGCCCAGGCAUCUUGGUCCUCGUCAACGAUGCAGACUGGGAGCUCGAGGGCGAGGAGGCGUACGAGCUAAAGAGUGGCGACAACAUCCUGUUUGUCUCGACUCUCCAUGGUGGAUAA